AUGAACUCACCAGCUGCUCCUGCGCUGUACAUUCAUCGUGAAGCCAAAACAUACACGGUCACUGAUACCACCAAGCACACAUACGAGCUUCUUCCAAAGUACCACCGACUUGACGAUGGCACACCCGACUACUUGCGUAUGAUUCUCGGCGCACACCUGUACGACCUGGCGCGACAGACGCCUCUUGUCGCAGCGACACAACUUUCGAAGCGCAUGGGAUGUGAGAUUCUGCUGAAGCGCGAUGACUUGCAGCCCGUGUUUAGUUUCAAGCUACGUGGCGCCUACAACAUGAUGCGACAGCUCGAAGAUACACGAAAAUGGAAGGGCGUGAUUGCAUGCAGUGCUGGAAAUCAUGCGCAGGGUGUGGCUAUGGCUGGGGCACAUCUUUCGAUCCCAUGCACAAUUGUCAUGCCGCGAGGCACACCCAGCAUCAAGUGGGAGAACGUCCAGCGCCUGGGUGCGAAGGUCGUAUUUCAUGGCGCCAACUUUGACGAGGCAAAGGCUGAGUCCAUGCGCCUUGCUGAGGCUUAUGGCUUGACGAUGAUCCCCCCCUUUGAUCAUCCACAGGUGAUUGCUGGUCAAGGCACGGUGGCCGUCGAAAUCUGCAGCCAGACCGACAUGGAGAAAGUCGAUGCAGUGUUUUGUGCGAUUGGCGGCGGUGGCCUGUUGAGUGGCGUCGCUGCUUACAUCAAGCGAGUUGCACCGCCACAUGUAAAGGUGAUCGGCGUCGAGACGUAUGAUGCCGACGCCAUGGCACAAAGUAUGGAGAAAGGUGAGCGCGUGGAACUCGCGGAUGCAGGCCUGUUUAGUGACGGCACGGCUGUGCGGCUCGUUGGCGAUGAGACUUUCCGCGUAUGCAACUCGCUCGUCGAUGCUGUGGUGCGUGUAUCGAAUGAUGAGAUUUGCGCCGCCAUCAAAGACGUAUUCGAGGACACACGUGCUAUCACUGAGCCAGCAGGUGCUUUGGCUGUGGCAGGCAUGAAACGAUAUAUUGCAUUACAGGGCGCGGAUGCAACGAGUCGUCGCUUUGUCGCAGUAGUGAGUGGUGCGAACAUGAACUUUAGCCGCUUGCGCUUCGUCUCGGAGCGUGCGGAACUUGGUGAGCAGCGUGAGGCCAUCAUGUCAGUAACGAUUCCCGAUGUGCCUGGAAGUUUCUUGCAGCUAAACAAACACAUUUAUCCGCGUGACAUUACAGAGUUUUCAUACCGCUCGAAUGGCUCGUCCCAAGCGCGUAUCUUUGCAUCAUUCCUCUUAAAAGGCACCGUGCCGGCUUCGGAAGAGAAUCCGAUUGUGUCCAGUACGAAGCCACCAGUGGCGGUAUCGAACUUGCGCGAACUCGAGAUCCAGGGCAUUCUUGAGGGACUCAGAAAAGACGGCAUGCAUGCUGAAGACAUGAGUCAUAACGAGCUUGUCAAAGCGCAUUCCCGUUACUUGAUUGGUGGUCGUGCCAUCGUGCCACACGAACGUCUUUUCCGCUUCCAGUUCCCAGAACGACCUGGCGCUCUGCAGCGCUUCCUGACCGGCAUUGAUGCCGGUUGGAAUAUUUCUCUGUUUCACUAUCGUUGUGAAGGCGGUGACGUGGCGCGAGUGUUGGCUGGCAUCCAGGUCCCUCCAGAAACAGGCGCCAAAUUCGAUCAAUUCUUGGAGGAACUCAAUUAUGCGUACGUCGAAGAAACACAAAAUCCUAUAUACAUGCAAUUCCUACUAGCAAAUAACCCGUAA